GAAGGGUAGUACAAGCGACCGUCGCCUCGCUUCACUCUUUUCUGUCAGCUCCGUUCUGUGCACGGUUAAGUUUGACGAAGCCUAACAAAAUGCCACGUGAAAUUAAGGAAAUCAAAGAGUUCCUUUUGAGGGCGAGAAGGAAGGAUGCCAAGUCCGUUAAGAUCAAGAACAACCCAAAGAAGAACAACACCAAAUUCAAGGUCCGUUGUUCCAGGUUCUUGUACACCUUGGUCAUCAACGAUAAAGAGAAGGCUGAGAAACUGAAGCAAUCUUUGCCACCAGGUCUCCAAGUAAAGGAGAACAAGUAAACAGAUGACUUCUUUAUUGUAAUUAAAAUAAAUUUUUAAAAAAUA